AACAGAGCCGAUAAAGAAGAACUCUAGUUUCAGUAAAGAUCAGGAGUCCUUGUGAGUAACAAACACCCUCUUAGUAUAUCACACACACCAUAUACAUUGGCAUCUAUGAAUUAAAACAAUCCAGGAUAUUCAACAAACAAAUACAAAAGCUCUUUGAAGCUCUUAAUCAUCAACCAUGUUAGAACUCUUCACUGCGCUUAUUCUUCUUUCUAACUUUCUGCUGCUGUUUUUAUUGUGUUCCCUUCUCUUUUCGGGGAAGGGUUUAGACUCCAUGGCCGAAUCCGAUGAUCACGAGGCCACUGCUACUAAUGAUGAGACUAAUCAUCAUGUUGAUGAGCAGGAGUCGAGUAGUAAAGCAGAAUCCAAGUCUAAUGAACGCUUCUUGAUUAAGAUCAUGAAUGAGGAAACAGAGACAGUUAAGCUGUGGUAUGUACCGAUAAUUAAUGGAAUUCUUGACAUCGACAUGAAUGAACUGAGAAACAGGAUCACCGGCCUCUUUGGCUUACCACGUUAUUCAAAGCUUGAUGUACGGUGUCAUGAUGAAGAAGGUAUGUUGGUGAUCAUAACCGACGACAGUGAUCUUCAGUAUGUAAUGGCGAAGAAGCCGGAGCAACUGAAGCUAUAUUUCAGGGAUAUCAACAAUCCAGCAACCUCCCAGGUAGGAGGAGGAGCUGGAAUUGAACCUAUCUGUACUUCAAAACUUACCAACACUCCAAAGUUUCAGGAACAUCCCGAAAUCGAGAUGGAUGACUGGUUACUUACUUGAUUGAGGGCAUGUCCUCAUACCAAUGUUCUUUAGUAAUUAGCUUGGUGCAGCUUUUCUUAGUAUGCAAGAUUUUUUUUUGCGUUUGGAUCUCUGAAUUUCUAGCAUGGAAUUAAUAUUUAAUUUGACUAAU